CUCUCUCUCUCUCUCUCUCUCUCUCUCUCUCUCUCUCUCUCUCUCUCUCUCGUGUUCUCUCUCUUUUCCUUCUUUCCUCUACUCCGCUCAUUCACGAGGGCACGCUCAACAACUCUACACGAAACAGGGAUGCAGCUAGCGCGCGGCGCAGCCUGAAAAAUGGCACGAGUCUUCCCUUGGAUUUAUCCAUCCCUUUUUAUUUUUCUCCCCCUUUCUUUUUCACGCGUUCGCGCCAUGCAAAGGCUUGCGGAUUUACCCGGAGAAUGAAGUGACGUUGUUGGACUCAAUGUCUGCUCUGGGAGACCUGGGCUGGGAGGCAUACCCUGCAGAGGGGUGGGAAGAGAUCAGUGUGAUGGAUGAGAGGAACACUCCCAUGCGUACAUACCAAGUGUGUAACGUGAUGGAGGCCAGUCAGAAUAACUGGUUGAGGACGCGACACAUCGCCCGCGACGGAGCCCAGCGCGUCUACAUCGAGAUCAAGUUCACCCUCCGAGACUGUAACAGCCUGCCUGGAGUACCUGGCACCUGCAAAGAGACGUUCAACAUGUUCUACUAUGAGUCUAACAACGCCAACUUGUGGUUCAUCAAGGAGAGUCAGUACGUCAAGAUAGACACCAUCGCUGCUGAUGAGAGCUUCACACAGGUGGAUGUGGGAGAUCGUGUGAUGAAGCUUAACACAGAGGUGCGUGACAUCAGUAACCUGAGUAAGAAGGGGUUCUAUCUGGCCUUCCAGGACCUGGGGGCCUGCAUCGCUCUGGUCUCUGUCAGGAUCUUCUACAAGAAGUGUCCCCUCACCGUGCUCAACCUGGCCCAGUUCCCCGACACCGUCACGGGGGGCGACUCAGCCCUGGUGGAAGUGCGAGGGGUGUGUGUGAGCGCCUCCGAGGAGUUUGAGACCCCCAGGAUGUACUGUAGCGCGGACGGGAGCUGGCUGGUGCCCAUCGGGAGGUGUGUGUGCAAGCCGGGGUACGAGGAGCAUGAGGAUGGCUGCCAACCGUGCAGACCAGGCUCCUACAAGGCCUCAGCGACCGACGCCUACUGCAUAAAAUGCCCGCCACAUAGCUCCUCCCACUUGGAGAGAGCCUCAGAGUGUGUAUGUGAGAAAGGCUUCCACCGCGCAGAGACGGACCCACGCUCCAUGGCCUGCACACGUCCCUCUUCUGCUCCAGAGAACCCCAUCUCCACUGUCAAUGAGACUUGUGUCACACUAGAAUGGAGCCCCCCUCUUGACACGGGAGGCCGAGGUGACAUCACCUACAGCCUCCACUGCAGGAAGUGCUCUGGCGACAGCAGGAAGUGCGCGCCCUGCGGCAGCGGCGUCCAUUUUGUGCCGAGGCAGUUUGGUCUCUCUGUGGCUAUGGUGAUGGUCACUGACCUGCAGCCACACAGCAACUACAGCUUCACCAUAGAGAGCCUGAAUGGAGUUUCUGACCUGAGUCCUACACCCAAAGGAGCUGUGAUAGUUAAUGUCACCACCAGCCAGACAGUGAGUGUGGUCCUGAAGGAGAGGAGGAGUAAAGACAGCAUCACUCUGGCGUGGCAGGGCCCUGACAGUUCCAAUGGAGCCAUAGUGGAGUAUGAAGUAAUUUAUUUUGAGAAGAACCAGAGAGAGCAGAACUACACGGUCCUAAAGACCAGGUCCAAUGUGAUGACUGUAGACGGUCUAAAGCCUGGCACUACCUAUGUGUUCCGUGUCCGAGCUAGAACCAACGGGGGAUACGGCAACUACGGAGGAGAGAUAGAACUGGAGACCAGCAACGAAGACAUGUUGGCCAUAGGAGACCCUAACCAGUCUACUAUCCUGGCUGUGUCCAUCGCUGGAGGCAUCGUACUGCUCAUCUUCCUGGUGGCCUGCUUUGUCGUCAGUGGCAGACACUGUGGAUACAUCAAAGCGAAGCAGGACCCUGACGAAGAGAAGCUGCAGUUUCAACAUGGAAGAGUCAAACUUCCUGGCAGUAAGAUAUAUAUCCAUCCACACACCUAUGAGGAUCCUAACCAGGCGGUCAGAGACUUUGCCAAAGAGAUUGAUGCUUCCAGCAUCUGCAUAGAGAGAGUCAUCGGAGCGGGUGAGUUUGGGGAGGUGUGUAGCGGUCGUCUGCGACUCCAGGGGAAGAGAGAGAUCUACGUGGCCAUAAAGAGUCUGAAGGCAGGAUACGCCGACAAACAGAGGCGGGACUUCCUCUCUGAGGCCAGCAUCAUGGGACAGUUCGACCACCCAAAUAUCAUCAGACUGGAGGGUGUGGUCACACGAUGUAAGCCAGUGAUGAUCAUCACAGAGUUUAUGGAGAAUGGAUCCCUGGAUACCUUCCUGAAGAAACACGACGGUCAGUUCACAGUGAUCCAGCUGGUGGGCAUGCUGCGUGGCAUCGCGUCGGGCAUGAAGUACCUGUCUGACAUGAGCUACGUUCACCGAGACCUGGCUGCCCGCAACAUCCUGGUCAACAGCAACCUGGUGUGUAAGGUGUCUGACUUCGGCCUGUCACGAGUACUGGAGGACGACCCUGAGGCAGCUUACACCACACAGGGAGGGAAGAUCCCCAUCCGAUGGACGUCUCCAGAGGCUAUUGCCUACAGGAAGUUCACGUCAGCCAGUGACGUGUGGAGCUACGGCAUCGUCAUGUGGGAGGUGGUCUCAUAUGGAGAGAGACCCUACUGGGAGAUGUCCAACCAGGAUGUGAUCAAAGCGAUAGAUGAGGGUUACCGUCUUCCGGCCCCUAUGGACUGUCCUGUGGUCCUCCACCAGCUGAUGUUGGACUGCUGGGAGAAGGGCCGCAGCGAAAGGCCCAAGUUUGGGCAGAUCGUCACCACCCUGGACAAGCUGAUCAGAGACCCAGCCAGCCUCCGAGAGCUGGCCAACAGCUCAUUAUGCAGGGAAGACCCGACCACUCCAGAGUUCAGUGUGAGUACGAUGGAGGAGUGGCUGGAUGCCAUCAAGAUGGGACAGUAUAAGGAGAACUUCUCCAGCGCUGGAUACGUCACCCUGGACUCUGUCCUCUACAUCAGCAUCAGUGAGCUCGUUAAGAUGGAUGUGACCUUGGCGGGUCACCAGAAGAAGAUCCUCUCCAGUGUCCAGAUCCUUCAGUCCCAGGGGACCCACAUCCAAGUAUAACAGUUUUCCUAUAGAGACACACUGGGAGGGAAAGCCAAAAUGGAUGCUCUUCUCUGAGUUUACCCAUUGAGACACGCUGAGAUUGAGCCAACAUGGACAUUCUGGGUUCGGUUUCCCCAUACAAAGACAAUGAGAUGGAGCCGUAAUGGACGCUUAGUUCCUUUACUUCCUCUUUGUAGUUUUACCAUUCCACCCGUCCUGGUUGUUUUGAUAGCGUAGACACUUCCAGCUUCAGUCCACGCCCUCAGAGGCCUAGCAACCCAGCAACCUAAGAUACCAGGCUACAACCAAGACAUCUCAGUCCAUAUCAACAACAACAAUAACAAAACUAAAAAAUAAAAUUUGAUUAUAAUUCUCAUCAUUGUCUGUGAAGUUUAGUGUACAGUUGUUUUUAUGGUUGUUUCUUUUUUCGUUUUAUGAUUAGCUUUGUUUAUUUUCCACACAGUUUACGUUACCAGUAUUGUAUAUGUAUAGAUAAGCGUUUACAAGAGCUGUGUGUCAGUCCGCCAUUCUAGAACUCAACGUAAAGUUGUUAUCAGUCGCCAGGCAACGCAGGUGUGCUGUUCCUUCCUGGUGCAUGUAGUUGUUAGGCUCCUCCCCUUUCUAUAAGCCCCUCCCCCCAAAACGCUAUUGGACCAAUCAUGAUGUGUGGGGGAGAUAGGAAAAAUAGAAAGAUGUGAAAAUAUGAGAUGGAGAUGUCUAUUCAUUGUCUUAGAAGGCUUCCGUUGCAUUUGGCAAGGGAUAGAUACAUGUAGGGCUUCCAUAGCCAUGACUUCCAGACGCACACAGUUCACUUGAAUGAGAUGCCCUGCCAGCUUUCAUUUAGUACAGCCUACAGCGGCAACCUAUAAGAUGUAGUUAGUCAGAAACCUGCAGAACAAUACAGUGUUAGUACAUUAUCUUCCAAGAGUUUACCUCCUCAGUUGGAGAAGCUUGCUGUAAUGGUUUGUGACAGAAGAAGAGCAAAGUAGAUAAUCAUUUAUCUGUGAAGUUGACACUGUUUGGAAUGUAUAUCUGUUUCUCAGACGUUGUGCCAUGUAUAGUUAGUAUUGCUCUGAAAUGUUGGGCAAAGUCAGACAAGCAGUAUUGGUUGUGAGGUAGACUUGACUUGAGUAGAGUGGUGGUUUUUGCCUCAUUUCACCCCUGAUGAAUAUGGGUUUAGUCACAGUUUGUGCUAACCACCUCUGUUCAGUGACUAAUAUGGGUUUAGUCACAGUUUGUGCUAACCACCUCUGUUCAGUGAUUAAUAUGGGUUCAGUCACAGUUUGUGCUAACCACCUCUGUUCAGUGAUUAAUAUGGGUUUAGUCACAGUUUGUGCUAACCACCUCUGUUCAGUGAUUAAUAUGGGUUUAGUCACAGUUUGUGCUAACCACCUCUGUUCAGUGAUUAAUAUGGGUUCAGUCACAGUUUGUGCUAACCACCUACAGUGGGGAGAACAAGUAUUUGAUACACUGCCGAUAUUGCAUGUUUUCCUAAAUACAAAGCAUGUAGAU